UCCGUAAUUUCCGUCAUUACCAUAAAAUAAUCGUGCACAGGUUAUAAUUUCAUAAAGCGUCUCUUGUUUUUGUGCAAAAAUUGCUUCAAAACUCAAAGAAGUGAGACAAAAGCGGCAGCUUGAAGGUUUCCGAAGACGAAGCUUGCAGCUAUGGUGAGAAGUAGGCGGGCGCCGACGGCGGGACGGUCGAAAAAGACCGUCGACCCUCAGACGCCUAUCACCAAGUUCCUGAAGUCAGUUGGCUCACCGGGGGUGGCCGCGGAGGUGGCCCGAGGGGCGUCCCCAGACACGGCCUCUCCGCCGCACAAAAUUAAGCUGGUCGACGAGCGGCCAAGCGAGCAGGUGCUUAAGGAGUGUUCCCAAAGGUCUAUUAGUGAAUUCUUCCCCGUCCGAAGAUCCUCGCGACGGCCUAAAAAGGCUCUCGAACUAGAGAGACAGAAGAGUUUGGAGGAGGCCGUACUUUCUCUUACAGAGGAUCACCUUACCGUUUGUCACUUUGAUGGAAAAGGGCGCGGUGUUAUUGCCACAAGGACCCUCGAGAAGGGCGAGUUGGUGGUCGAGUAUGCAGGCGACCUCAUCGAUUUGAAAGAGGCUCGCCUGAGAGAGCAGAUGUACGCUGCUGACCAAAACAUGGGCUGCUACAUGUACUAUUUUCGUCACGGAGCCACCCAGUAUUGUGUGGACGCGACCGCAGAGACUGGUCGAAUGGGUCGUCUGGUGAACCACAGCCGCCAAGGCAAUUUGCAGACGCGGACAGUGGAGGUGAAGCGUCGACCUCGGCUCUUUCUCGUGGCCAAGGAGCGUAUCGAGGCCGGCAUGGAGCUGCUGUACGACUACGGUGACCGCUCUCGAGAGUCCUUGAAGAACCACCCAUGGCUUGCCUCGUGACUUGGCACUUCUUUUUGAUCUGACCUCUCACCACUGACUGUACAUACACUUUGCGCUUAAUUAUCUCAUUUGCCCAGUGUUGAUGUAGACGUAAGAACUUAAAAUAAAAAGUCAACUAUUGUUUUCAGAGACUGAAUUAAAAGAAAAGUCUGCAGUAAUUUUCUCUAAAAAUACACACUUGCUUUCUGAUUUAUUUUAUUUAAAUUAUUUGUACACAAUUAUUGAGUCGGCAGAGAGGCAUCACAGUCGGCAGCUUUCGGCUUCAAAGGCCGUGUUGUCAAGACCCUUGGUUCGUUGCGGAGGUGCUUCCAAGGCUGGUUUAGGGGACACCUUUGGCUCCAUCAGGAACAUGGUCAAGAGGAAGAGAAUUGAGC